GUUCUUUCUGUUGUUUUUUUUUUUCAAGGUAGACUGGUUUUGGUUUAAUAAUUUUUUAGACCAAAUUAGUAGGUCUAUUAUUGCAAUAAACUUCGCAUACAUCGUUGUUUGCAAUUUAUUAACAAGGGCUGUGUUUCUGACGUUCUAAACGAUGCCAUUGUAUGAUAAAUACGAUUCUCUUGGUUUGUCAAGCGAUAAACAACCAAUAGUAAUUGACAUAGGAACUGCGUAUACAAAGGUCGGCUUCUCGGCAGAGACUUCGCCCCGGGCCAUACUUCCCACGCAGGUCGUGGACCCGGAGACAAAGCAGUGCCGGAGACUCGACGCCUCAGCUCGUCCCAGUGACCUGUAUGAGUUCCUCGUGGACUUUGUGCACCACCUGUGCUUCAAGCAUCUCCUGGUCAGCCCAAAGGAUCGGAAAUUCAUUGUGGUAGAGUCGCUGCUCUGCCCCACCUCGUUCCGUGAAACGCUCGCCAAGGUCCUGUUCAGGCAUUUUGAGGUGUUUUCGGUGAUGUUCGCGCCGUCGCACCUGGUGUCGCUGUGCUGCCUGGGGCUGGACACGGCGCUGGUGCUGGACGUGGGCCACAAGGAGAGUGUGCUCAUCCCUGUGUACCAGGGCUACCCCGUGCUGCACGCCUGGCAGGCGGAGCCCCUGGCCGGCCACGCCGUCCAGAGCUCGCUGUCGUCUCUGCUGAAAGCCGCUCUAGGCAACGGAGGCGAUGCCAGCCUGGCAGUCGUCGAGGAUCUUCCCCGUGAAGUCGUUGAAGACAUUAAAGUGCGGGCGUGCUUCGUGACGAGGCUGGACCGGGCACAGCAGAUGGAGGAGGGCAGGGACCCCGCCCCACCGCCAGACGCCUCGUACCGUGAGGGCAGUGUCCCGGGCUUCGUGAUCCCCGGGUCAGUGCGGGAGAGGGCAUACGAGGUGCUGUUCCAGCAGGACAACGACGAGGUCGCCGUCCCCACGAUGGUACUGGACGCCAUAGUGAAGUGCCCGAUAGACAUGCGGCGCCCUCUGGCAGAGAACAUCCUCGUGAUAGGAGGGACAUCCAUGGCACUAGGCUUCAAGGCUCGCCUACAGUCCGAGCUGAAGCACCUGGUGCAGACGUCCAAGUAUGCUUCUAAGCUUGCCGUGAGGACCUUCAAGUUCCACACGCCGCCUGCCAAGGAGAACUACGUUGCUUGGCUCGGAGGUGCAUUGUUCGGGGGCACUGACAUCCUGAACCUGAGAUCCCUCACGAAGGAAGUUUACCUGAAGAAGAGCGAAGUACCUGAUUGGACGAGCCUCGAGUACAAUUGUCGCGACGAGAAGACCAUGUGAACACCGGGGCUAACUUCAUCCUGUUCAGCCGCACUUGGAACUGUAUAUAUGUUUUGUUCCAUACAUUUCACACUCACAUGUUGUUUGUAAUUAAAAUAUUUUUUUCUAAUGAUCAUUGUAUUGUGAACAUGUUUGUUUUGUAAUGUUUAUUUUGUGUUCUGUAGCUGAUUGCGUGUUUUUUAACCUCUUUGGAAGGUCAUAAGUAGUUUUGUAUUUAUACUUAGUCUGCCUCCAUGUAAAAACUGUCAGUUGUUGUGGGCUUUGCAACUUAUGUAUCUUUGUCCAACAUGUAAACCUAUUAUAAUUAAAUAAUUAUACUAGGCAUGUGCGAA